ACUGGCAUAUAUAAGGCAAGGAACUUGAAGCAAGGGCUCAGGAAAGUCACUGAUAUAGCUGCAACUCUCCUGAAGACCACAAAACCAAAUUACCUCAGAUUAGGAACCAGAGACAGCAUCAAACAGGACCUGGUUGAAGGUCAGUAUUUAAAUGCUGUGAGGUGGCCAACCGAAAGACUUCUUGACAGGAACUCACUCAAGACGAAUGUUAUCCAGACAUGGCCACCAUGUCACAACUCGGGUGUAACUGCACAUCAAAUGCAGGGAAUGGUGAUGCAAAAAGGGCAGGAAUAGGGUAUAUGAGAAAAGGCACUUAGAAUCCGUUGGACUGUAGGAUCAAAGUUAGGAGAAAAGACAGUGCAAAGCAAGAAGACAGUGUUUGAAGAUUGCUUGGGUAAAGGAAUAAAAGCAGUGAGUACCACACAGCUUGUGAAAAUUCACUGGGUUAGGAACAUUUGUGGCCUGUGACUGCCCUGGGGCCAAUACAAGAAAGGCAAAAAUAGUGUGUGAUUUUUGAAGUGAGCUGUUAAAUUCUCUGUCACAGAAGGGAAAGAAAUAAAAAACAGAUAAAACAUUCACCAUCCAAGAACUGACAAGAAAAUAAUGGACAGUCAACAUGAAUAUGUACAUUUGUGGAAGUUGGAGACUUUAAUAAAAAUGUCUGCGACGAACGGAUUUUUGAAUGACACAAACAAUACAUAUGGAAACACUAGUGGACAGUACAAUGACCGGGCAGGACUCCUGUCACAGGUACUGCAGUUUGAGGUGACAUGCUUUUUGGCAUUUGGCAUCCUUGUUAUUAUCCUUGGGAUCAUAGGUAAUACUCUCUCCUUUAUUGUUAUCAACAGAGAUUAUAACAAAGGAUCGACAUUCUAUUUCUUACAAUAUCUAGCAGUGUUGGACAACCUGCUGUUGAUAACAAUGUUUUUACAAUACUCUGUUUUGGUGGGGCACCACUUUGAGUUCAUGGACCAACGCUACAUGGCAGUGAGGUUUUGUAUCCUCACGCCCCUGGCCCUGUCAGCUCGCCUGCCCUCUGCCUGGUUAACAGUUGCCGUCACUAUUGACAGGUAUAUAGCUGUGUGUCGGCCCCUUCAAGCCAAGGAAUGGUGCACCAUCCCUCGCGCCAGGAAAAGCAUCAUCACCAUACUGCUACUGAGCAUCGCCAUCAGUCUGCCAAGAUUCUUCGAAUGCAUUGGUUAUGAAUAUUGCUUUUUACAGCCAGAGUGUCCCACAAUACAGACAGUUCUGCUCUCAGAUAAACACUAUCAAAGUAUAUACCAUGGUACCCUGUUUUGUUUCAGGGCUGUAAUACCAUUAUUGAUUCUUGUGGUGCUGAACUGUAAACUGGUCCGAGCUGUCCGAGAAAGGAACAGAAGAAGGACUGGAAAUAACGUAAGAGUAGGAAGACAAUCAGAUAAUGUUACUCGGGUUGUUAUAAUAGUUAUAACUGUAUUUGCCAUAUGUGUUUUUCCAUCAAUAUUUGUCCGCGCAAUAUGGCUGACCAGAGAGGAGUGGUCGCCAGGGAUGAAUGCAUUUUACCACUAUUUCAAUGUUCUGUCUGGUAAUCUAAUUAUUAUUAACUCUGCUGUAAAUUUUAUUAUUUAUGAUGUAGCGAGCUCGGUGUUCAGAAUGCAAUGCCGACACCUUGUUUGUCGUAAGUGUGACGUGGACAUGAAUUUGAUCAUGGCAACUUCUACAGCAGAAACGGAGUUAAUGAACGGUUAAGUUAUUGAUGAAAUCCGUGACAUAAAAAAAAAAACAUUGUUUCAUUGUAAGUUUGCUUUAAGAAAAGAGAUGUACUGUACAUACAUAUUUUUAAAAAAUUAUUAGUUCAAACAACAUGUCAUGUACAAAUACAAGAAAGUCCACAGUGGUUCUAAAACAAACAUCGACUGCCAAGGCAUGGAUUUUAUAGAAAGAAAAGAUACUUGAGCUGUCCUUCGUGAACAAGUUUUCUAAGUUCUCUCUCAAAAGAAAAUCACAACCAUCUCCAGAGAAUUUUUGUUACUUGAUUUCAUUAACUAAUGUUAAUCGAUAUUUGUUUUGGAUCCUGUGUAUUACAAUUAAACCCCAGACACACCAGUAACUGUAAUAUAAUUACCUUAACAAAUCAACUUAUACAUAUUGAAAAUGGAUGUAUACUUAGCUGCUGUAUAAAGACCAUACAAUUAUGUGUACAAUGUUGUGGAAUUACCUUAACUGAUUCAAUUAAUAGGAAUUCGGAGAGACUGAUAAUGCUAAGCCAUUAUACAGGGAUCAAUUUAAGUACCACGCAAAAAGAAAAUUACGUAUCAUAAAGAGCAUAUAACCCGCUUGUAAUGGAGCAUAAAACUCAGAUUAUUUGUUCUUUGAUGUCUAAAUUCAACGCUAAAAAUAUAAUGGCCUUUUUUAUCGGCAGUUGUCUAUAAUUGUCCACAGCUCAUAAAUAUGUAUGAAUGUAGCAGUUGAGUUGGGUGCAUGUGGGACAUGAACGCCAAGGAGAAUCUGGCAAUUCUCUUCACUGUUGUCAAAGAAAUAAUUAAAUGAAAUGGACUAUUUGUGCUUAAUGUAAAUAUAUCAGGACAUUUUGAAAUUAGAGUGCAAAAACAUGCACAGCUGACACUGUAAGAUAAAGCCAAAUUUUGUGAAACGUGAUAAUGUGAUUAGAUAAUUGUGCUUUCAAGUAUUCAAUCACAUCACUAUUAUAAUAAGAAUGGAUCAGCAAAACUUGCAAAUUGAUAAUAGCCAGCUCAUGUUUUUUUCUAUCAACAGUAGACAAAUGCUUACUAAUUUACCUAAUCUGUAAAAUGAUAUCAUAAAGCCAUUAAGCACAAAUUCAUUGUAAGUUAUUCUUUUAAAAAGUGCGCUAUAUUGUAUAUUAAAUUGAUAUUGUCAUGUAGUUUUUUGCUUGUUUUUUAUCCACUCUUUUUUGUAUAGUAUUUAAGACACAGGCCCCCUUAGUUAAGAAGUUCAUACAAAAAUUUACCUCAAUAGUCUUGCACUGCUAUAGUACAUCUGUCA